AGUAGAGAGUUUGGAAUUUGGAUCAUGUUUGGAUUUGACUUGACAGUCGGUCUAUUUUGAAAUGGAAGAACCUAACGAAAGUCCAGAGAGUGUAAUUGCAUCCGUUGUGAAUGAAAAUGAGACCCCGCGAGUCUUGCCCAACUUUCAAAUCAAUCGUGAUAUUAUCGAAAGUGUAGCUCUCGAGAAUCAAUCAGAGGAAUUGAGAUCUCUGGGUAUCACCGUGUAUGAUCAGUCAAAAUUUGAAGAAAGUAUUCUACGCCAAGUUGACGAUGCACUUGAGGAACAAGAACGUCACAAGAAAGUUAUUAAUGCCAAGAAAAUAUUGGCUUCUAAAGAUGGUGACAAGGAAAAAACUGUGGCUGACAAGCCACUUAAGAUACGGAAAGAAACAGAAAAGGAAAAGAUGGUCCGGCUUGGUCAAAUGACACCUUUUGGCACUGUUCUAGGUUCCAGUGGCAAAACUACUGAGUUGACGAGCUUUGAAAAAUACAUGUUGGAACAAGAAAAGCUCCAAAAUGUAAAGACAAAAGUUUCAACUAGAAAGGGCAAAACCCUCAAAAGCCCUGCAUCUGUUGUGAACCUUAGCCCGGGGAAAAACAUAGUUAAAAGAGUAGCCCCAAAAUCACCAACCAAGACAUCAUCAAAAAAAGGAUUUCAUAAUUUAAAUGAAUCCGACAGUGAUUAUGUUCCAAGUGAUGAAGAAUCUCCAAAACCCAAAAAGCCUGGGGGCCUUCAAAGAAAAAAGAGGAAACAAGAAAUUGAGAAAGAAUGGAAUACUGAUGACAGUAAUUGGGAGUAUUCUGAGGAUGAAGAAACACCAAAAAAGAGAAAGUCCAAGAAAACUUCAGACCGGAUUGUCGACGAUGGAAAUAUCAACGACUUCCGAGAAAGACUAGCCGUACUCCCGCAUUUCGAAACAGAAAAUGAAGAUUGUGAAGAAUUCGAAGGUGGUUAUCGAAUACCUCUCUCCAUCUGGAAUCAACUUUAUAAUUACCAAAAGGUAGGUGUCCGAUGGAUGUACGAGUUGAGGUUGCAAAGGUGUGGUGGCAUUCUCGGUGAUGAAAUGGGAUUGGGAAAGACCAUUCAGGUAGUAGCAUUUCUCGCAGGAUUGGCACAUAGCAAAUUGCUUACCCGGCUAUCGAGUUAUCGCGGACUUGGUCCUGUUCUCCUCAUUACUCCGGCUACAGUGAUGCACCAAUGGGUCAAAGAAUUCCACAAAUGGUACCCUCCUAUUCGAGUUGCAAUACUUCACGAAUCUGGUUCUCACACGGGUACCAGAGAUGCCCUUAUCAAAUCCAUCAAUUCGAGCAAUGGAGUGCUCAUUACGUCGUACACAGGCGUGCCGCAGUACUCUGAACGUUUGCUGGAACUUGAUUGGGACUAUGUCAUCUUAGAUGAGGGACACAAGAUUCGUAAUCCGGAUGCUCAAGCGACUUUGGUGGUCAAACAGUUCCGCACUUCUCACCGUUUCAUUCUCAGUGGAUCUCCUAUGCAAAACAAUUUGAAGGAACUUUGGUCGCUGUUUGACUUUGUUUUCCCGGGAAAGUUGGGAACCCUUCCAAUUUUUCUACAGCAAUUCGCGGUUCCCAUUACACAAGGCGGUUACUCUAAUGCAUCUCAAGUUCAAGUGGCUACUGCCUACAAGUGCGCUACAGUUUUGAGGGAUACCAUCAAUCCGUAUCUUCUGCGCAGGAUGAAAGCUGAUGUCAAAGAUCAUCUCCAAUUACCCGACAAAAACGAACAGGUGUUGUUUUGCCGUUUAACUCAAGAACAACGGCAGUUAUAUCAAACUUAUUUGGAUUCCGGGGAAAUCAAGAGCAUCAUUGAUGGACGCUUGCAAAUUUUUGUCGGCCUCACGAACUUGCGGAAAAUAUGCAACCACCCGGAUUUAUUUGACGGUGGACCUCCUGGUUGUAAGAAAGAGUUCAACGAGAGUGACCCCAAGAAACAGUUUGGAUGUGUCGAAAGAUCAGGGAAAUUAUUAGUCGUCGAAUCUCUAUUGAAAAUCUGGAAAGAACAGAACCACCGUGUUUUGCUUUUUUCUCAAUCAAGACAGAUGUUGGAUAUUUUGGAGUGUUUCAUACGACAGCAAAGCUACAACUAUUUACGAUUAGAUGGAACUACCAGCAUUGGAUCACGGCAGCCCAUGAUUGAGAAAUACAACAAAUCGGCAGAUAUUUUCGUCUUUUUGCUCACGACACGUGUUGGAGGUUUGGGUGUGAAUCUGACAGGUGCGAAUCGAGUGAUUAUAUAUGACCCCGAUUGGAAUCCGUCCACCGACACUCAAGCCCGUGAACGCGCCUGGAGAAUUGGCCAACAAAAGGACGUCACCAUUUAUCGUUUACUAACAUCUGGCACCAUCGAAGAAAAGAUCUACCACCGCCAAAUUUUCAAGCAAUAUCUCACCAAUCGUGUGCUCAAGGAUCCCAAGCAAAGACGUUUCUUCAAAUCGAACGACCUCUACGAACUCUUCACUCUGAAAGAUACCGACAACCAGUGCACAGAGACUGAAGCGAUCUUUGCGGGAACGGGUUCGGAAGUGGCGACCAAUCCGCACGACGGGCCGCCAUCCGGCAUAAUGGACAAGCCUAGCGACGACGAAUGGAUGCGUCAGUGGAAAAAGGAAAGGGAAAAGAGAGAACUCGAAUGGAAGAAAUCGCUGGACAAACGCGAAAAACAAAAGACGAAAAUGACUGAGACGGAAGAGGAAAAGCGGAGACGGAAGAAACGAGAAGCCAAAGAAAAGAAGGAAAAGAAGCGAAUUAAAAUUGACGGUGCGAAAGUGAAACACGUUGUUAAAAUGAGUAGCCACAAUUCAGUCGCUGUCGAUUUGGAUGAUGGCAGCACUCCAUCCACUUCAUCCAAUAACCAGGAUGACUAUGUUCUCCAACGGCUCUUUGCCAAGACAGGAGUAAUGAGUGCCUUACGCCACGAUAGUAUUAUCGAUGCCGGAGAUCCAGACUAUGCGCUAGUGGAAGGUGAAGCGGAGCGAGUCGCAAAAGAAGCUGUCCAAGUUUUAAAGAGUUCUCGCCGUAAUUGUUACAGAGCCGAAGCAGGAAUUCCUACGUGGACUGGAACAAGCGGAGCUGUCCGUCCUGCAGGCCCUACAGACACGAAGAAGCCUCGCUUUGGUGCCAAAAAGAAAUCCGUUCUUCCAUCUGUCGGCGCUUGCACUUCAUCACACCAUGCGGAAAUGUCGAAAGAAUCACCUGGAGCUGUUGAUGCCAUUGAUUUGCCGAUUCCAGGAAGUUCGAAUGCGGUUCUCAGUUCACAAGAUUUGCUCAGUCGAAUGCAAGCGAGGAACCGGUUGCUGGGCUUGCCAGGCAACAGUGCAGAUGACUGUGCAGCAGGCUCUUCUUUCCGAUCUGCCAAUGAGGAAGAGUCGCUAAUCUUGGAAACGCAAUCGGCUCCGUUGGAAUUCGCCACGGGCGUCGACUACCACACCAUGACCGAAAAUAUUCGAUCCUUUGUGGCCUUUCGUGGUGUCACACCUGGCCAAGUGACAACGACCGAUAUCCUCAGCGAGUUUGACGGAAAGCUACCCCUUCGGGGCGCUCCUCUCUUCCGUGCCCUCCUCAACCAGCUGUGCAUUUUCACAAGAGAUGUCCACAACCAAGGGAUCUGGCAGCUGAAACCCGAAUUCCAAUGAAGGUCAAUUUCCAUUUCUCUUUCCCUUGGCUGUCGAAAAUAAUUAAACAAAAUCCUCUGCCGUCUGUUUAAUUUCCGGGUUUGCGUUUAUUUACAGUUGAUAAUCUCUUGUUUUGAUAUACUCAUUUGUGUUAGAAAUCCGUUGAAAUUGCCCCUUUUUAUUGAAGAUAAAGUACGUGCGAGUUUUUCAUUGAUAA